AGGAUACAAUUGCCAAUGUUACACUGUCUGGCAGGCGAUGUGGUGCAUCUAACCGUUGCCAUGGCAACACUGCUUGAGGUGAAAGGUGUGGCAACACUGUCGCUGUUGGCGGGAAGCUUCCUGAUUGGUCUGACUCCAUCGUGGCUGGGCUUCCAGUCUGGUGCCGAUCACCUCGAGCACUCGCUUCUCUUGUCAGUCAUCCUGUGCUUUGGAGCCGGUGUUCUACUGUCUACAGCCAUUGUGCACAUUUUAGGUGACGUGAUCACAUCUAUUGGUGUGUGGGGUCAGAUUGUCUUCUGCGCCGGUUUUCUCACAUUAUACUUGGUUGACGAGGUCGUGCAGUUCUGGUGUUUGUGCCGACUGCAGUGCGAGAAGCAUCAGCACAAUGUGUCGAAACAAGAACCUACUGAAACUGGAAGUUUGUUGGAGAGUGGACGUGGCGCUUCAAGUCAUUAUGGAUCGAUAGAAAGGAGAAAGUCUCUGGUGGGAUCUAUUGACCAAAUAGACACUCAAAAAUUACCUCAACGAGGAGAAUCAAAGACUGACUCCAGUUUGGAUUUUGUGUCUACUUCUAAAACAACUCCAAGUAAUGAAUCGACAGAUGAGAAUAUACAAGCAGAUAAUCUGGGAGUCUCCUUUCCAGGACAGGAUCAUAUUGAGAGAAAAAAUCGCAGUGUAAAGAGACUUGGACUGAUGUUUGCAUUCUGUGUUCACUCUAUCCUUGAAGGACUGGCUAUUGGUUUACAGCCUACUACCGCAAAGGUUUUGCUGUUAUUAGCAGCUAUUAGCUGUCACAAGCUGGUGGUCACUUUCUGUCUGGGUGCAGAACUACUGAGCGACAACACCAGUCAUGCAUCGUAUCUCCUGUCUCUCUCGCUCUAUGCACUUACCUCUGGCCUGGGAAUUGCCAUUGGAAUGUUCAUACAACCUUCCGAAUCACCAGUGAUACCCUUACUACAGGGCUUAGCUGGAGGAUCUCUGCUCUAUAUAACAGUGGGCGAAAUUCUUCCAAGAGAAAGACACCAUAAAGGUCACUGUCCAAUGCCCAAGCCAACCGGACUGCUUCAGUGGUUAUCAGUCGUGAGUGGUUUCGCCCUCAUCACGGCUAUCAACAUUGUCACCAAAGAUGACUGAGUAAUCUAUCUAUAGAUGACUAAGGGGUGACCUGCUAUGGAUUUCGCCCCGCCGGACAGAAACUUAACACUCUCCUACGAUCCCAACUGGAUAAUGUCUGGACGGGGUCAAGAUGCCGCGAGCGGGUUGGUCAGAGCCGUGGCCUAUAAGAUAUGUGUAGGCUAUGCAUAUGCCAAUUCCGCCUUUGAGUCGCCCUGUGUUUUCGUCGUAUUGUGUCAUGUGUGCUUAGGCUAUAGAUGAUAUAUUCGGAAACCGGCAGAAGAAUAAAUAUGUAUAUAGAAUCAUUUGUGUAUAUAUUAAACUAGCCGUCAGGCUUG